AUGGAAUCUGGAACAAAAUUGGAAGAAACAAUUAUACUGUAUUAUACUUUGGAACUUUUAAAUAUUUUACAAAGUUUACACAAUAAGGCAAACAUGGUUCAUAACUCCAUUCUGCCCAACAAUUUACUAUUAUUGAACGAAGAUGGAGCAGAAUUAUCAGAUUGGACAAUCAACGGAAAAGGAUGGAACACGAAAGGUUUAAUGUUAACAGACUUUUCCAAAGCACUCAAUCUUGACCUAUUUCCAAGUCAUGUGAAAUUCUCGUGUGCAGCCGACCCAAAAACUCUUCCUCAAGUAUUUACAAACGUUUCUAGACAUCCUUCCUCGUGGAAAUAUUCCGCAGAUACAUGGAGUGUUUGCUCCAUUCUACAUCAAUUAUUAUUCAAGAAUAACAUGGAAGUGUUGACAAAACAAGAUCAAUAUCACAUCAAAGAGUCAAUUCGACGCUAUUGGAAGUUUAAGGAUAUUUGGCAAUAUUUAUUUGAGACGUUGUUGAAUCAAGAUCAACGGCAUCCAAACCAAAGACCAGAUUACUCGAUAUUGAUUUCCAUGUGUCAACAAGCGCUAGGAUCAUCCGGAGAUACCGUUAAGGCAUUGUUUUUACGUUUCAUUGUUUCCUUGUCCUCCAAAUAA